AUGAGUCUGCAGUGGACUUUAAUCGCCGGGUUUUUAUACCUCGAAAUAGCCGUCGUCCUCCUUUUGGUCCUGCCCAUCGCCAGCCCAACGAGAUGGAACAGGUUCUUCAAGUCCAAGUUCCUGCAAGGAUUGCAAAAACAAGCCGGCUUCUACUUCUUGAUCCUUCUGGCAAUCCUGGUACUCUUUCUCCUUGAUGCCAUCAGGGAAAUGAGAAAAUACUCCAAUGCACAAGCUGCUGAGGAUGGUCAUACCCAUCUGGACAGGGAGAUGCAGGAAUCCAUGAGACUAUUCAGAGCCCAGCGCAACUUCUACAUCUGUGGGUUUGCCUUGUUCCUCUCUUUGGUCAUCAGACGCUUGGUGACCUUGAUUUCCCAAUUGGCCAGCAUGCAAGCACAAUCUGAGGCUUCCAUGAGACAGGCCCAGAGUGCCACCACUGCUGCCAAAAGUCUGUUGGCCCAUCAUGGGGAAAUUGAUCAGAACAACAGCAAUGAGGCUCAUGAUAAAGAGGUGAGUGAACUCAAGACCAAGAUUUCUCACCUUGAAGAUGAACUGAAAUUGGAGAAAAAGGACAAAACUGCAGUGAAGACCCAAGCUGACAACUUGGCUAGAGAGUAUGAUAGACUUGCAGAUGAACACAGCAAGCUACAGAAGAAAAUAACUGUUGGAGCUGGUGAUAAAAAAGAUGAGUAA